UUUGACAGUGAAUCAAUAUCAACAAAAGCAUGUGAAUUAGUUACCAAUGGUGGAGUACCAUAAAAUAGUUAGCGACAAUUUUUUGUGAGAAAUUUUUGUGAAAUAAAAGUGAACUGUUAGUUUGUGAUUGUGUAGGAGUUAUAUUAUUGAUUUGAUAUCAUGUUAUUCUUGAAAAAUGUGGUAGUUUUCUUCUGCAUGCGACGGUGUUUUGGAACUGGUGACAAUUUUUGUUAAUCAUGGAAGGGAGCUUCUAUUUGUCUGAGAUCAGGCAGUACCCACACCAAACGCCGAUCUUGUGACAUGGAUGGCAGUCUGUUGAAACCGCGUCGUCCACUGCGCAGCCUAGCCGCGCAGGUACCUUUCUACCAGCCGCCAUCUUGUCUGGCCAAAACCAGCGCGCAAAUUAUCAGUGAAGCACGCGUUGCCAUGACAACCAGCCAGCAUUCCGUUGCCAUGGCAACCAGCCAGCAUCCUGUCAACACUAAGCGACCGUUCACGCCUCGCGACGCCGGACGCGUCCUUUUCGGCGCGGGACGCAUGCGGAGACCGCCCAGUGCUGUCAGUAUCCGGCAAGUACAUUUUCACGAUGUCGACUCAAACGUUCUACCGAAAUUGGUUGAUUUGGACCAAACUAAAAAUAAUGCAAACAAUCAAAAUGGCGCCGGUGCUCUCACACUGUCAGGUGUGGCACUGCUCAAGACUCAAAAUGGCCGCUGGAGACUCCCCGCCAUACCCCAGAAAAACGCUCAUAACCAACUCGAAAAGUUACCAGAAGAGCAAACCACGCCCAAAAAACCGCUCCAACCAAAACCACCCGAAACAAAACCGGAAGCUCCGCCCAUUCUGGAUUCUACCACCACCAAUCAGAGACCGCCAAAAGAGGACAGUUUCAUGCGCAUGCGCCGGCUGACUCAGCAGAAAGUGGUCGGCAUGGAUCAGCUGAUGGCCUGGUCGGAAAUUGCUGAUCUGGCUGAUGAGGAUAACAGGAUCAACGAGGCGAGAGCAGCUGACGUCACGAAACAACAGCUGAAUCAAUCAGCUGACGUCACAAAUCAUCAGCUGUUGCAGUCAGAUAACGUGAAGCAAUCAGAGGAUAUGAGAAAUCAGUUGCAGGAUUCAGCUGAUGUGAGAGAUCAGUUGCAGGAUUCAGCUGAUGUGGCAAAUCAGCUGUUGCAAUCAGCUGAUGAAAGUGUGGAAGCAGCCUUGGAGAGAAUCGCUCUGCUCCAGGGAAGCAACUGUGAUGCAGAUCUGUCCUGUGCCUUGGAUCAGCUUUAUUCAGCAGUUGAAAGAGAAGGGGAUAGAAUUAUCCGCAAUCAUAGAGCCAAAGCCGCCAUUUUGAGAGCACUUCAUCCUUUUAUUGAAGUUUCUAGUGAGGCUCUACUGCUACGUUUGGCACGAGUGAUACUAGCUCUACGGGUCACUGGUCAGAACUUGUCUGCGAUAUGCAAAAUAGUAUUCAAAGUCUCCCGCAGUGAUAAACAUGACGAUUACUUCUUGGAGAAUAACAUACUUGCACUGUUUGUUGAGUCGUUGGGACGUGCCAGUCCCCUGGAGGAUGCUGAGGCAUGCAUCUAUGGCUACGGAGCUCUCAAAUUCCUCACAAUGAAUUCGGCACUAUCGGCCGCCUUACUUCAGCUGGGUCUUCUCCAGCUCAUCGUGUUGCAUAUGAAGAUAGUCAAUAAUUCGCGUCUAGAACUUUCGCCGAUAGCCGAGCCGACGAGCCACGCACUGUUCCAACUAACUGGAGCGCUGCGUAACUUGGCCAGCGACUCUACGCAGUACGCAGCUCUACUGCAGACGGGAGCUAUUACGCAGCUGUGCAGAUCGCUGCAGCUAUUCAGUGCCGACCUGGAUCUUGUCUGUAACAUAUCUAGGACACUCAGUAUAAUUUCAACAAACGACGGAUGCUGUAAGGAGAUUGUUGACUGUGAAGACGGUUUCAAGACAAUGACGAAAAUCCUGAGAAAAUUUCCAGGUCGUCAAGAUGUAGUUGUGAGGUUGGGCUAUGCUAUGGGCAAUGCAGUUGCCAAAAGUAACUCUGCUAGGAUCAAGCUGUACCAAGAACCAGAAGCACUCAAAGUAAUUUUGGAUCUGAUGGAAUCCUAUUUGGAGAAAGAUCUGCAAGAAUCUAUGAGUGAGGAUAUCAACGGGAAUAACACCAAUCUGCAGCAACAGAUAGGUUCUGAUGGAUCUGUUGAGGAUGUACUGAUUAAGAUGAUUCGUAUAAUCGCCAACAUGAGCCUCCACCCGGAUGUGGGAGUAGGUCUAGCCUGUGCCUUUGAUGCAGAUGAGAUGGACAGUGAAUUCGGCUUCACUGUGAACCAUACGCAAAACAAGAAAGACGCAGAGAGACUGAUCAGUAUGCUCCUGAAAGUGUUGCGUCGCAAAUCGGCGACAGAGAGCGAGGAACUUGUCAUCUCUGCUCUCUCCACCUUCAACAACCUCUCCUACUAUGCGGCUUCGUCCACAUCACCCGACAGUCCAUUCGCUGUCAGGAAUAUCGAGUUGGCUGAAGCCCUGGGUCAUCUGCUGACAACAGACAACGAGGAAUGUCUCACCGAGGUCGCCAGAGUCCUUGGGAAUCUGACAAGAUCCAGGCAAGUCAGAGAUUUUCUUCUGGAGACUGGAGGAGUGAGUUCCCUGACAAGGUGCUUACUGCGAGAUAAUGUAGAGUUGCUAUCUGCCACGGCUGGAGUUUUGGUCAAUUUGAUGGCUGAUUGGGAUAAAAGACUGGCGUUGAAAGAAGAUAAUGGCAUUUCCAGGUUGAUCUGGGUGCUUGGGCGAUGGGGCGUUGGCGACUGGAGACUGGCCAAUCUGAUCUGCCAGGUUCUCUGGAAUUUCUGCAUCGACUCCACAGAUCUCUGCGCAGCUUUCGGCAUCAGGCCUAUCAAUCUCCUAUUGGCCACUCUUAUUGAACUUCUCGACGAGGAGCGACUAUUCGGUGUGACAGAGGAGGGUGAUGCUGACGAGGCAGUUCUAUGCAGUGGCGAAUACAGGCAGUGGGAGCAGUUCGCUCUGGUAGCAACUAAUCUCCUUGAGAAGAUAGAGCUCUGUCUCCAGCCGCAGACAACUGAUGCUGUCAUGACGUCAUCCAUGUCUAGUGAUGUCAUCAGUGACGUCAUUGAUGUCUAGUGAUGUCUGGUGUCCGUUGAAAUCAUCUGUGACGUCAUUGAUGUCUAGUGAUCUCAUUGGUGUCUGUUGAUAUCAUCAGUGUCGUGAUUGAUGUCUAGUAAUGUCGUCAUGACGUCAUCGAUGUCCAUAGUGAGGUCCACGUCAUAAUGGCAGUGGUAAAAGAUAGGAGAACAGCAUUGCCGAUCGUACAGCGCCAUCUGUUCUGUUGAAUAAUUACAAGGAUAGCACACAUCAGCAUCAAUGUUAAUCAAAUACUGCCAUUAUAACGUGGACCUCACUAUAGUGAUGUCAUCAGUGACGUCAUUGAUGUCUAGUACUGUCAUCGGUGACGUCAUUAAUGUUUGAUGAACAUUCAAGAGAAUUGAUAAAGAGUGAGUACAUAAGAUGUGCCACGAAUCAGCUGAUAAAAGUGUGUUAGUGGCGCAAAAGUCUGAACGCAAGAGAGAAUAUGAGAGAGUAAGAGUGAGUGAGGAUGAGAAAAUGAGAAAGUGAGAGAGUGGAUGAGAGAAGAAGGAGAAGAAGAAGAAGAAGGAGAAGGAAAGAAAGAAGAAAAAAAUAAGAAGAAGAGACAGAUAAUAAUUCUAAGAGUAAUAUUGCUUCUUCUAAAACUUUAAUCAAAACUUUCAUAAUAUUCUUCGAUAGCAAGAAUAGCAAAAAUAGCAAGAAGGAGAAGGAAAGAAAGAAGAAAAAGAAGAAGAAGAAAACAGGAGAAGAAGAGCUAGAUAAUAAUUCUAAGAGUAAUAUUGCUUCUUCUAAAACUUUAAUCAAAACUUUCAUAAUAUUCUUCGAAUCUUGAUAAAGGUGGAAAGCAGUUUUUACUCUAAUAAUAAUUCACAUAGAAUUAAAUUUUGGAAUUUUGUAGAAAAUUACUGAAAACUGUAAAUAUUCGUCUUGUAUAGACUGUCUUUCUUUUCUUUCUUAUCAUUACCAGAAAUAGAAGAAUAAUUCGGAUUAUCUACAAUAAUAGUACUGUUAAUUUCAUAUUAUUUCACGAUCAAUAAAGUUAUGAAAAAUA